AUCACGCUGCCGUGCCCUCAGCUCAAAUUUCACACGCGCUGCGACUCCCUCUCCUUCAUCCCCAUCUCCAAACACCCUCGCCACCGCCGCCCCCCGCCCCCGCCGCACCAAAGCUAGCCCUAGCUUGUUCGUCCGCUCGCGACUAUAUAUGUCGUCGUCCCGCCGUCACCGGAAAUUGACCAAACCCCGACGGUACGUGGAGGAACCGCCGGUCCCUGAGCCAGAUCUGCAGCCGGUGCCAAAACGGCGAGCUCAUAUGCCGCGGCUUCGUCAUUUCCCUAAAAAGGGCCACCUGACGGAAGACUACUCCGAUCUGGUCGAGGCGAACGAGAUCCCACCCCAUCUUCCGAAACGGAUAUACCAGGCCAUGGAGCGCCAUCUGCCGCCUGCAAUCCUGGGCGCUCCCCGCGUCGACAAGCUCGCGUUCAUGCAGCGCGUCCUCGCCGGCGACGUGCCCUCGCAGGAGGAGUUCGCCCGUAUGGAGAGCUGCAUACAGUACAGGCAGCUGAUCUGUUCAACAUAUAAGCCUCUACAUGCCCAACUGUACAAAAUGAAUCCUCAUGCUUUCUUCUUGCCAUCGUUUCUCCGAGCCAUUCGUGGAAAUACAAUACAAAGUUUCAGUGAUAUCAUCCAUGAGCCGGCACCUAAAGUGUACACAUUUCCCAUGUUUCGACCGGCAUUCUGCGAAAUGCUCAUGAACGAGGUUGAAAAUUUUCAAAACUGGGCACAUAGAGAAAAACAAGAGAUAAAUGAUCCAAAUAACUUUCACAAGCCUAGCCGUGGAACCACUAUUUCUGAUAUUGGAAUGAAAGGGAUGCUUGAUGACCUCAUGAAGAAGUUUAUCUCACCUAUUUCCAAAGUUGUUUUCCCUGAAGUGGGGGGUAGAAGUCUGGACUCUCAACAUUCUUAUGUUGUUUCAUAUGGUGGAGAUGAUGGCGGUGGCAGACCUGGUUGUUCAUAUGAUGGAUAUGACAAUGGCCUAGAUAUACAUGUGGAGGACUCUCAUAUUACACUAAAUGUCUGCCUAGGCAAACAAUUUACUCAUGGUCAAAUGUUGUUUGUUGGUAGUCGUUGUGGGACCCAUGUUAAUUCAGAAUCACAACCCCAGGUACUUUAUUUACACAAUAAUUUUGCUAGUAGUCAUGGUAUAAAUUCUGAUAUGGAAAUAUUUAUGUAUUCUCAUGUUGUUGGACAAGCCUUGCUAUACCAUGGUCGCCAGCGACAUAAAGUAUGCCCAACAUGUGGAUUUAGGGCUAACAUGAUCAUGCAGUGCAAAAGUUCAUUGUUCAAGGAGGUGACAAAAUGCAAGCUAGAUUUUCCUGAUUGGUGCAUCGAAUGCCUAAAAGAAAACAACGUGUGCAAACAUAAUAUACCGAUACCAUGAGGCUGGUAAUUGGUUCUUGUCAAAGUAUGGUAAUAAAGGAUGGGGUCUCUAGGGAUAUACCAACAUGUUGUGCAAUGCUUAAUUCACUUUAUGCAAUAUAUGUACUCCUUGAGUUUGCUCGGCACAUUUUGAAAAAAAUAUUGGGCAUGGCCA